AUGGACCCUCAGGAGGGCAAAGGGGAGGAGGCUUACUCAUUCUCACCAGACUCUCGUGCCAACGUUGUCAAGGCAAUUACCCACCACCUCAAGGGAGUCGCUGGUCUGAUGGCCCCUGCAGGCUGUGUCUGCAAGAGAGGGCCCAGGCUCAAGAGGGCAGGGGGACCCUCCGGGACUCUGGUCUCUUCUUCCCUCCCAGGCACCUUCCUCAGACCCUCCCUCAGGGCUGAGCCCUCCUCUGUGGUCCCCCAGGGAACCCCUGUGCGGCUGUGGUGUCGGGGGUCUCCCACAGCUCAUCUCUUCACUUUGAGGAAGGCAGGACCCGGCGGGUACGCGGACAUAUACAUGGUCAUUCCUCCAGCCGUUGGAAUGGAGGCCGAGUUCCUCCUCUCGUCUGUCACGGCCAGCGAUGGGGGGCUUUAUAAGUGCUGCUAUAGGAGCCCAUCGGGCGGCUCCGAGGACAGUGAGCCCCUGCAGCUGGCGGUGACAGGCUACUAUAAUAGGCCCCGGCUGUCAGCAGAGCCAAGGAAUUGA